AUGCCUGGUCGAGUCGCCGCCCGUUCGACAUCUGCGACCACACGGAGGUCAUCCGCACAGCCCUCUGCAUCUGGGCGUGCCGCCUCUGUCACCCCGUCAAUUGCGAUCCCUGAAGAACCCGCACUACCAUCGUCGUCCCCCAAUCUGCGUCGCGAUGUGUGCUCAAUUUUUGUGGACGCUCAGCGAUCUACCACCGGCCACCGAAAGCUUGUGGUGCGUUUGCGCAAGCUCCAGGAGUCGUGUUGCGGCAUCGCCUCCAAGAAAAAUAAUAAGGCCAAAGACCAAGAGCAGGAGGGAUUACAGAUCCCAGGCGAGGAGACUGUCGCCGAAAAAGAGUUUAAUGUUGAGGUCGGCCGUUGUCUCCUCCGAAUUCUUCCAAUCAAGAAGACAGAACCUGUCGGCGAUCGCAUUCUGCGCUUCGUGGGCACUUUCUUGGUUCAUGCCGCAGAGAAGGAUGGCGAGAUGUUUACAUCCAAUGCCGACAAUGAAGAUGAGAUGCAAGUUCUCCCUGAAACCCCAAGUGCACGGUUGACCUCGAGUCUUGUUGGCCUCAUGGUGCCUCUCGUGGCUGCUAAGGAUAAAAUGGUGCGGUUCCGCGCCACACAGAUCAUCGCCCACAUUGUGAAUUCGCUUGAGUCAAUCGAUGACGAUCUCUAUCACACUAUUCGACAGGGCUUGCUGAAGCGCAUUCGUGACAAGGAGUCCUCCGUACGAGUGCAAGCAGUAAUGGGCCUAGGACGACUGGCUGGAAAUGACGAAGAGGACGAUGGCAACGAGGAUAAUUCCACUGCUCUUCUCGAGAAAUUAAUCGAGAUUAUGCAGAACGACACUAGUGCCGAUGUUCGGAAAAAUCUUCUCACCAAUCUUCCACUUGCCCCCGUCACCCUGCCAUAUCUCCUCGAGCGAGCCCGCGAUCUUGAUGCAGCGACCCGGCGAGCGCUCUAUUCGCGUCUCUUGCCCACCCUGGGUGACUUCCGCCAUCUUUCUCUAUCGAUGAGAGAAAAGCUUCUUCGCUGGGGUCUGCGAGAUCGUGAUGAAAGUGUGCGCAAGGCAACCGGCAAGCUCUUCUUCGACCGAUGGGUUGAGGACUGUGCCGGCACCAAUAGUGGGCAAAACGAGGGAGUGACCGGUCAACGCUCUGCUCCCAAUAUCAAUGCCCUGCUGGAACUCCUGGAGAGAAUUGACGUGGUCAACUCCGGAAUGGAAAGUGGCAUCGCCCAUGAAGCAAUGCGCAGCUUCUGGGAGGGCCGUGCAGACUAUCGCGAGGCGGUGGUGUUUGAUGAGCCUUUCUGGGAAUCUCUCACAGCCGAAUCCGCGUUCCUGCUCCGAUCAUUUAAUGACUUUUGUCGCGUGGAGAACGAAGGCAAGUACGACAGUCUUGCGGAUGAGAAGAUGCCCGAAGUGACCGCACUGGCCUACUUCCUCUCUAAGUAUACCACCGAUCUCUUGGAGCGAAAGAGGAUCGCCAAAGAGUCCGGUGAUGCAAAUGAUGACGAUGCCGUCGAGCACGAGUUUAUUGUCGAACAAUUGCUUCACAUUGCCAUUACCCUGGAUUAUAGUGACGAGGUUGGCCGACGGAAGAUGUUCUCUCUCUUACGAGAAUCUCUAGCAGUUCCUGAACUUCCAGAAGAUUGCACCAAGCUUACCAUUGAGGCCCUCCGAUGUGUUUGUGGAGCCGAUGCUGCGGCCGAAAGCGAGUUCUGCAGCGUGGUCCUAGAAGCCAUUGCCGAGGUUCACGACACCAUCACCACCGAGGAUAGCUUCGUGUCUGCCAAGUCUGAAAUCAGCGACGACACCAGCAGCCGUCACCGAUCUGAGACUCCCGCCUCAGAAGAUGAAACUCCCUUCAACAAGGAAGAGGCCAAGGCGAAGAUCGUCCGCGAGAUUGUGGUGAACAUGAAAUGUCUGCAUAUUGCUCAAUGUAUGCUUCAGAAUGUCCAGGGUAGUUUGCAGCAGAACGUCAACCUAGUCACAAUGCUGAACAACCUUGUUGUGCCUGCCGUCCGAAGCCACGAGGCUCCGAUUCGGGAGCGCGGUCUUCUGUGUUUGGGUCUUUGCUGUUUGCUUGACAAGAAUCUCGCCGAGGAGAACAUGACACUCUUUAUUCACUGUUACAGCAAGGGCCACGAUGCAUUGCAAGUAACGGCACUGCACAUUCUCUGCGAUAUGGUCACGACACAUCCCUCACUGCUUACUCCAGUUACUCAGCCGGAUGGUGAGACAGUGACGCCGCCUGCCGUCCAGAGACCCUUGCUCAAGGUGUUUGCCCGAGCCCUUCGAGCCAACUCGCCGCCCAGCGUGCAAUCGGGAGCAGCCAUGGCGUUGUCCAAGUUGCUCCUCACCAGCGCCUUCACUCCUUCUGGACCCAACGUUCCACCCGCCAUCCAGGAACUCAACCAAGCCGCCGUGGAGUCUCUGCUGCAGUCACUCGUGGUGUCCUUUUUCCACCCCCGCACGCGUGAAAUCCCUGCCCUCCGCCAAUCUCUCGCGUACUUUUUCCCUGUGUACUGCCAUUCCCGUGUUGCCAACACCAACCACAUGCGACGUGUGGCUGUUCCGGUAAUCCGUGCCGUCAUCAACGCCGCAGAGGAACACUACUCGCUUGAAGCUGAGGAGGAUAGUGACGGCGAGAUUGAUGAGAGCAUCGGGGAGCGCGAGGUCAAGGCGCUCAUGACUGGUGUUCUUGGAAUGCUUGCUGAAUGGACUGACGAGCGCCGGGUCGUUGGCCUCGGCGGAGAACGUGUUCUGGCCGGUGGAGCUGCCAGCUCCAGCGCCUGCGGGUGGGUGCAUCUCGCAUUGGUCAAGGAUAUCCUGGAGCGAGUGCUCGGUGUCAGUGCUGGCAACAGUCGCUGCACCAAAGAAGAGCGCAAGCUUCUGUUCUCAUUGCUAAGCAAGCUUUACAUUGCCGCUCCCACGGUACCUUCCCGUUCUAGCUCGCGUGCGCCUGAAGGCGAGGAUCAGUUCCGCACCAGCAUCCGCAGCGCCAAUGGGGCUGAAAUUGACGCUGAUAAUGUCCAGCUGGCGCAAGAGGUCAAGGAGCUGUUGGACCAGACCAUCGAAGAGGGACUCGCCGGUGAAGCCUCCAGCCGCAAUGCCUUGGUUAAGGCCAAAAAUGCUGUCCUCAAGAUCCUUGCCGUGGCCCAGGAUGCGCGUGCCGCCAGCACUCGCCCUCGGGAAGGCACCGAGGAUCCUGAGAGUGAUGCUGCCAGUGUCUGCUCCGGUAGUGUGCGUCGCUCUGUGGAACCUACUGGUGCUGCUAGUCGUCGCCAUGUCUCUGUCGAGCCGAGCAUCAUGGAGGAAGAUGAGGGUGACCACGAUGACAGCCGUGUGCGAUCUGGGAGUGUCCGCCCCUCUGUUGAGGGUGAUGCUGCCAGCCGGAACAUGGUCCCUAUGGAACCCAGCAUUAUGGAAGAAGCCGAAGAGGAUGACCACGACACCAGCCGGGGAACUGUGAUCAAGGAUGAGGCUGUUGAUGAGUGA